AGACAUUUUCGAACCCAUGUGAAAACUCACUCAUACAUUAAGGUGUAGGGGGAAAACAUAGUUUAGUUACAGCUUAGGUGAAGUUGCUUUCAUACAUAUUGAUUUGUGGCUCAAGCGCGUUCUUCAAGAAACGUUGCGUUAUCUGUAAGGGAAAGCAGAAGGAGCCUGACUUGUUGACCCCGUAACCUACAAGGUUGUUCGAACAACUAAACCAGAAACAAUGAAUUCAUCUAUGGCCUAUGAAACUGGCAACUGCAGCACCCGCAACGACUACCAGCAGUACCUCUACCCAGCGGUCUACAGUCUGGCCCUGGCCCUGGGUUUGCCGGGCAACCUGGGAGCCCUCUACGUUUUCAUCUUCAAGCUCCGUCCGCGCGCCUCCUCCACCGUGUACGUGAUCAACCUGGCCCUGGCCGACACCAGCAUCCUCUGCACCCUGCCCUUCAAGAUCCACUACCACCUCCGGAGCAACGACUGGGCGUUCGGAGACGUGGCCUGCCGCAUCACCGGAACACUGUUCUUCGCCAACAUCUACAUCAGCAUCGCCUUCAUGAGCUGCAUCUGCGUGGACAGAUACGUGGCCGUCGCCCAUCCUCACACCUACCUGAGGCUGCGCAAGUCCCACUACGCCGUACUGGUGAGCGCGCUACUGUGGGUUACGGCAGGGGCGGCUGUCCUGGCCUUCAUACUGGUGGGGCCAUUGGACAGUGGACCCAACGGAGGUCCCAGUGGGCGCCGCAGCUGCUUCGAGAACUUCUCCAAGCACGAGUGGGACAGGCGCGUGGCACCGUGCAGUCUGUUCAGCCUCAUCUUCGGAUCGCUCCUGCCCUCUGCGGUUAUCCUGGUGUGUUACCCCCUGGUGGCACGGCGCAUUACACUCAUCCGGACCAACACUGCCCGUGGAGCCCUGAGGGUCAUCUACACCAUCCUGGCCAUCACCCUGUUCUGCUUCCUGCCCUACCACGUGGUGCAGUUUUUGCAUCUGCUUCGCCGUCUAGAGAUAAUCCAGCAUUGUCCGUACGCAAACGCCAUCUACGAUGCCCAACGCGUCACCAUAGCCCUGGUCAGCCUGAACAGUGUUUUGGACCCCAUCCUCUACUACUUCACCACUAGUCACUGUAAGUGGAGUCAAUACAAGGUGAGGUUUCAAAGGCAUUGGGCCAGGAAGGUCAGGGGUGUCUACACAAUCUCUGGGGGUCACUGAGUUUAUUUUUUUAUAGCCAAGUCCGCUCUAACUACUCAGGAAAUUAAUUUUAAAAACGCUGAAGGCCUGUGGUGAAGCACUUCUUUCCUAAGCAUUAUGAACUUCUCCAACAUACAGGUCCAAUAGGUCAAGUGUUCUUUAAAGUAAAAAGAAAUCAGUCAGGGUGUCAACUCAGUUGAAUAUAACGUUAGAUGUUUUUUGUACUCUCAGUCUCUGACAGUUGAUUAACCAGUUGGCAAACAAUUGUGUAAAAUGGUAGCUUAGUCUAGUCAUCUCUCUAAAAUUGCUGUGAACAUUGCCGAUUACUGACUGGGAAAGUGUCCACGUUGACCCAUAUUAUUCCCUUACAC